CCCCAUCCCCAGCUUGACUCGGCCUUCCAACUCCAAGAACACCUCUCAGCCCUCCACUACCACCACUCCUCCUCUAACACCAGCCCCAUAACCCGCACCACCGCCCUCCUCCUCGCCACCCCGCCCCCAGGAAUCGACAAAACCCUCUGGCUCUACGAACUAUGCCGCUUCCUCGUAGCCCACUGCAACAAACUCAUCGUCCAGUUCCUCUUCGACACCCCGCCUUGUUCCGCCCAGACAUGCCCAGAGAUGCGCGCGUCAGAAUGGCAGUUUCUGUGCGCGGUGCACGACGCGCCAAAGUCCUGCUGCGCGAUUGAUUACUGCUGCCACACGCUUGACUGGGCGGCCAAUGUCGUCACCAACCCCAAGAUCUUCCCCAGCAGGUUUGUGGUUGACAGUCACGACAAGAACCAAGCGGUGAAGAAUCUGGUCAAUGUCUUUAGACGGCUGCACAGGAUUUUUGCCCAUGGUUGGUUUCAGCACAGGCAGGUGUUUUGGAAGGUGGAGGGGGAGACGGGGCUGUAUGUUUUUUUCAAGACGGUCUGUGAUGUUUACGAUCUUUUGCCGGCGGAGAACUACAAGCUGCCGCCCGAGGCGGAAGGGCUGCCGAUUGCUGGGGAGGAAGAGGAAAAGACAGCAGGAGGGGGGAAGAGACAGGGCGGGAUAACGAUUGCGAAACCGCCUCCGAAGGUAGCGGAGCUGAGCGGGGAGGAUCCGGGGUUGAGUAGGACCAAUACCCGGAGACAUAUCAAGUCUAGCCCGUCCACGGGGAGCUUUAUCAUGCCUGUUCCUGAAGCGGACGAAGAUGACAGCCCUGGGGGUCAUGGGGAGCUUUCGAGGAGGUUGAGCGUGAUGAGUAUAUCUUCGGGGGUGAGCGAGACGGGGACUGUGGUGGAGGCGGGACGACCGGAGGAGGAGGAAGAGGGGGGUCCGGAGGGGGAGAUUCCGGUUAUUGUGGAGGGGUUGAAGGAGCCGGUUAGGCCGGGGAGUGUUAAUUCCCCUCCUAAAACGACAAAGGCGGAGGAGAAGAAACUCGAGGAAAAUUUUGCGGACGAGCCGGAGAGCUAUUCUGGUGUUAGUGCUACUGCGAAGGAGGUUUUGGCUUCACCGCCAGAGGAGGACAAGAAAUUGGAGGGGGAGGAGAAAAAGGGAGAUGAUAAGGGGAAGGGUAUCGAGGAGGGGCAGGGUGGCGCUAAGGAUGCUCAAGAAGAAGAAGAAGAGGAGGAGGAGGAGACAGAUGGGGAAGUUGAUGACGUUACUGUCGUUGGUGGUGGGGCGGAGGAGGAGGUUGAGAUUAAGGAAACCGCCCCUGCUGCGGCAACAGGAUAUGGUAAAGAUAAGAAGAAGGAAGAAGAGGAGGACAAGCCGGUAAAGGAGCUGGAUUAG